AUGGAAGAAAUAGUUUCUAAUGACAGAAUUAUUCAAGAGUUCAAAAAUAUGAGAAAAGAAAUGAAUGAGCUAAAACAAAGAAUAGAAAUUAUAGAAGAAGAGAAUAAUGUAUUAAGAAAAGAAAAUGAAUAUCUUGGUUUACUUAUUACAACUCAAAUGAAUGAACAAACAAUUAACUACACUAAACGAUUAUGGGGAGACAAUACCUCAUAUGAUAUCAACCAAGAAGAAGGUACAUAUGUUCAAAUACUACAAACUAUACUUGAAGAAUCAAAUAAUGAUGCUAUUGAUAUGUAUGUUAUUUGUCAAUUAAAAAAUGCAUUAUUAGAAACAAGGAUGAAUACUUGUAUUACUUUAAAUACAUUAGAAAUUGUUGGGAGAUUAUUAAAACGAUGUGAAGAUGAAGAUUAUAGUUUAGUUCUUAAAUGUCUUAAAGCAAUUAUUAUAAGUAAUCCAAAUCUUAUUGGAUUUUGUGUUGAUUAUUUAUGUGAUAAUUUUGAAAAGAAUUUAAUCAUUGAUAAAAUGACUUUACUUGAAGCUUUUUAUUCGUGUGUUUUGAAUAAUCAAACUGAAGUUGUUCAUUCUAAAAUAAUUCAUUCAAUUCUUCCAUUAUUUAAAGAUAUUGAAAAUGGUAUAUUUCCUAAUGAAUAUGUUGAUUUAUAUUUCACAAUAAUUAAACACAGUUAUUCUACAUUUGAUUCAUUGAAAGAAUUAAUUAAAAAUAUAAUUUCUUCAUCAACAAAUGAGUUAGUUAAUUUCUUAAAUUAAUU